GGUGCCUGCGCGGCGAAAAUUCGAAUUCGUCGAGCAACGAUGCGCGCGACGCGACGGGGACGACGCCCGUCGGCCGGCGCGGCGUCGCGGGGCCACUCGGGGGGUAUUGUGGCGUCAUUCGCCCCGCCUGCGACCGCCGCGCCGCCGCCGGCCGCUAAGCAAACAGCGCUUUCCUCAGGCUCACUCCAGUCGCCAUAACUCUCCGCGCGCGGUAGUUUGGGAGCGGCGCCGCGGCCCACGGUUAUAUAUGAGUUAGGAGGACCGCCCUGAGGCCGUCGCUAAGUCGAAAUGGCUGAGCUGACCUAGCUAGGUGGCCCCCUAAAGCAAGCUGAUCGAUCGCGCCGUCCUCAGCGAGGUAAAGCUGCCCAAAGCAAAGGACAACGAGCCUUCAUACACGUCUAAAACAUCGCAAGACUCUCGGGAUUUCUGGGCAGCCGCGCGAGGCCCGCGAGACAGGCACACAGGCAGGUCUUGGAGCGAUCCGGGUCAAAAAACUUCCACACGUCUGAGAGCGACAAAAUUCUCUGAGACCGCGUGAUUCACGCGCGGGGCCGUCAGUACGGGUUUCUCGCGUUUUGCGCAGACACCGAGUCGGCCAGCGCAUUCAUAGCCAUGGUGGCGAUUUAUUUAGUGCUGCUGUUGCAGCAAUUGCUGUGCACUGCAAGCUUGCAGCUGCAAAAAACGCGAACGCCUGCGGCUACGCGCAGCGCAUAUACGCACGUAACUCAACUAGCUUCCGGUUUCGCGUGCGGCGCAUGGCGGGCGUCAUAUGUCACAUCACUGGGUGCUAGUCGUCGUCUGGGUCAAGAUCGACAGCAAGUGGGUCCUGAUUUAUUUUUGGAUCUGCCUCUCUCAUUGGCAUAUUUUUGUCGAGGCCGCCGCGGCAAACGGCGUGAAUUUUUUGCCAGUUUCGGCGUUCACCGUCGGCGAGCGCCACGUCUACCCGUUAACCGACAAGGUUACGGGUGUGCGCGUGCCCGACGCCGUCCGCUGUGAGGCUGCUGGCGGCAAGAAGGCGCCCGCGGUCGUCUUCGGGGGGCGUUGUGAUUGGAACCCCGCGGAUUUGCUCGAAGCUCGUCGCAAUUUCAAUAAGAUAAUGUGGAAACCUUCCGCCAUGGGUUCUUUCUUACUCAUGCUGGUCAUUUCCUCAUUCCCGCAAAAUUGUUGGAAGCGGCGUCUGAAUACCUUUUUUUCAACCACUGCGCCAUCGAUACGAGACGUGCCCACCGCUCCCGGCCGACUGGAGCGUCGCGUCGCCGGCGUGACACUGGCCACGGCCUCGACGCGCCGGGCGCCCUUCGAAGAGCGCGACGCCAUCGACGCGAAUUUACUACCAUUUUUCACCACGUCGCUCGUUCCUCGCGCAGAUGGGCGGCCUGUCGCCGGCGGCGCGACCCAGUUCGCCGCGACGCACGCCAAGGCCUCGUACUUGGAGCUGGUCCCGGGCUACGGCCGGAGCGGCGAGAAGACAAUUAAUGAUGGUGUUCUUCGCCGCGACCUCGCCCAAUUCUUAGCAGCUUUAGAUGAUCAAGACCGCAAGUUGACGCAUAUUGACGUCAUCGACAGCGCUAUAGAGUAUCAGCCAGAUCUCUACACGCUGGGCGAGUCCGUUGAGGCAAAGGUCGAUUUCGCUGAUCAUGUUAUUAAGUGGAACAGAGACGCCUCGAUCGAGCGUGCGGACGAGGUGAACGCGGGCGCAGUGACGCGCCUGUCGCGGCUCGCCUCCGAGAAGCCCCGAACCAUUGUUUUUGCUGCUCCGGUGCUCAAAUACGCCGCAGAUAUUCAUCUCCUACAUGCUCUGGGCGGCAAGACGAAGGCAAACGACUUCGCUGUCGUCGACAAGUUGCCUAAAAACGGCAAGCUCGGCCCGGGCGGCGUCCAUCAGGUCGCCGUCAGGACCCGGACCGGGGGUACUGCCUCCGCCCCACAAUACACGUACCAGCUGCACACCUAUCAAAAGAAGAAGUACUGGAAGCCCAAUACGAGCCCGCCCAAGGCUCUCAGCAUUACGUUUGAGUUACUGGAUAAAUUGCUCAAGAGCGGCCAUUUACCGGAAGGUGCGCUACCGGCGUCCUUCAGAAGUGUAGAAUGCCUUCACGCCAUCGACGCGACUCGUGUCCAUCUCACAAUGAAGUGGGUGGUUUAUUUUUCGAUUUUGAGGCCAUCUGGACCGACACGAUGCGUCGUGGGUGCGUUAAGAGUACUCGAAGCGCCGCGGUCGCCGACGUGCGGUGCGUCGAUGCGUGGCCCCACGGUUCCGCGGGGUCUCGGAGGCGCGGUGACGCCCGUGCCCGAGCGACUGGACCUUCGCGACGCGGAGCGACGGCCACGGCCGCGACGGGCCUCGACGCAGCUCGGAGGCGCCGCGCGUCCGACGUGCGGCGCGGCGAUGGCGUGAGGCCACCUCUCCGCGGCGGCGCGAAGUUUCGACGACGCCCGUGCCCGAGCGACUGGACCUUCGCGACGCGGAGCGACGGCCACGGCCGCGACGGGCCUCGACGCAGCUCGGAGGCGCCGCGCGUCCGACGUGCGGCGCGGCGAUGGCGUGAGGCCACCUCUCCGCGGCGGCGCGAAGUUUCGACGACGCCCGUGCCCGAGCGACUGGACCUUCGCGACGCGGAGCGACGGCCGCGGCCGCGACGGGCCUCGACGCAGCUCGGAGGCGCCGCGCGUCCGACGUGCGGCGCGGCGAUGGCGUGAGGCCACCUCUCCGCGGCGGCGCGAAGUUUCGACGACGCCCGUGCCCGAGCGACUGGACCUUCGCGACGCGGAGCGACGGCCACGGCCGCGACGGGCCUCGACGCAGCUCGGAGGCGCCGCGCGUCCGACGUGCGGUGCGUCGAUGGCGUGGCCCCACGGCUCCGCGGGGUCUCGGAGGCGCGGUGACGCCCGUGCCCGAGCGACUGGACCUUCGCGACGCGGAGCGACGGCCGCGGCCGCGACGGGCCUCGACGCAGCUCGGAGCCGCCGCGCGUGCGACGUGCGGUGCGUCGAUGGCGUGGCCCCACGGCUCCGCGGGGUCUCGGAGGCGCGGUGACGCCCGUGCCCGAGCGACUGGACCUUCGCGACGCGGAGCGACGGCCGCGGCCGCGACGGGCCUCGACGCAGCUCGGAGCCGCCGCGCGUGCGACGUGCGGUGCGUCGAUGGCGUGGCCCCACGGCUCCGCGGGGUCUCGGAGGCGCGGUGACGCCCGUGCCCGAGCGACUGGACCUUCGCGACGCGGAGCGACGCCAUCGACGCGACGGGUGGUGCCGUGACGUUCUCGAUCUACACAGGUACUAUUGUAGAAGUCGCCUCUCCGGAGGCGAUCGGCCCGGCUAUUCUAAAUGUUGUGAAAGCGUCGAACGCCGUGCGCAAGGCCUACGGCUUCCGUAAGCUCAUGCCUACGACUCUUGCGCACGAGUACACGCUGAACCGCAACGACACGCGCGACAAGUCUUCUCUUGCAGUCCUGCAUCUUCUGGAGUUACCAGAAAUAAAUGAAUUAGUUCCACUGGGCUAUGGUCAAUCAGAAGUGAAACACCCCAUCUCGUUUAAAGUUGACGAUAUUUAUGUGCCGGCGUCGGUGGUACACGUCACGUACCUUAUGGCACCUCAAUCACACUGCGACGUCCAAUGCCUUAUCGAUUCAACGGUGCCACAACCGCCCCUUUUCGAACAUUCUGCCUGUCUUAUUGCCCGCAUCAAGCUACAUGAGGACUCGAAGCCGUUUCAUCCGAAGGCCGGCAAGGGCGGGGGCAGGCCGUUCUCUAUUACAAUUAAGGAAGAGGGCAAGGCUGAUGUUGUUUUGGACGCCACAUCAGAGCCUGAUGGUAUUAGGUUAUUGGGAGAGAAGGGCAUUACUGUAUCACAGAAACCCAUCAAUAGUCGUUUGUCCGGGAAGGUUACAUCAGACUUAACCCGAAACGGCAAGACGUGUAAAUUUGCCUAUAAGAAGAUUACUCUCCCGAAAAAGGAAGAGCUGGAACAGGAUAUGUAUAUGGUGCUACCGUUAAAUAAUGAGAAACUUUUGGAGGCGUUGCAUGCAGGGUUUAAUUCUACUAUUGCUGCGAGAACUGCGUUCAUGGAUCUCGACGCCCUACGUGCGGAUCCACUAAGAUUUUUCCUGGAGCGGGACAACAUUGAAUUAAGUGACGAGCUGAAGGAGAUCGUGGCCCGCGGCUUCGUUACAAAGAAAGAGUUGAAGGACAAACUCCUGCCGUACCUCACGGGAUACAAAGCGCGCAUAGACGCGCAGUUCGACGAGUUCCUGCCGUCGGAGACCUUCAUUAAUACCAACGUCGCGUCUACGGAAUUUGCUGAAGAUGCGGAUGCUCUGGAAACGAAGGUCACUGCGGAGAUGACGUGGUUGUAUGAUGCGGUCGACGUCUUUGAUAAGGAGCAGGCCGCCGCGGCGAAGCAGCGCAAGGCCGCCAAGGCCGCCAAGGCCUCUAAGGCGUCGCCGAAGAAGCGGAGCCGCAAGCGCAAGACUACUGUUCCCGAAACGACCUUCAUUAAUAGUGACGACGCGUCCGACGAGGAGGCCGUGGCCGACGACGAGGAGUCUGCUGUCGGCAGCGAGGACUGCGGCUUGGAUGACGACGUGGAAUCGUUCAAAGGGAACUCGUCGGACGAGUCUUCCUCCGAUGACGACGAGGUUAUGCCCGUGGCUCGACCGCUACCUGAUAAUCACGGUCCUCAAUCCUUCGAGCCGUUCGACCGCGUGGAAGCGUUUUACCGCCCGGAUAACAUCUGGUGUCCGGCGACGGUUCACUCACCGAACGACGACGGGACCUAUAAUGUCGACUACGACGACGAGUAUUUUGAGCCUAACCUCCCAGCGAAUCUGGUGCGUCCGCUAAAGCGCCGCAAGGUCGCCGCGCCGCCGGCCGCGGGGGCUUAUCAAAUCGGCGACAGCGUCGAGGCGCGCUGGUGUGGUGGCGAAGACUGGUUCCCGGGCACGAUCCACAAGUGCCACCCCGACGGCAUGUACCACAUCAAGUUCUUCGACUUCAGCGAAGACGACUCUGUAUCUCCUCAUCACGUCCGCCGCGCACCGUGACCGGACGGACCAAUAGUACCAGACGCUCCUGCGCCUUACCAUGACUACAGCGACCGCCACAUUUGACUGGGUCCCAUAGUUGGCGGUAGUACGAGUAAGAAUAAUAUACCUAUA